AUGCUUUCCAAACACGUCGUACGCCGCCGCCUGAUCGUCCAGCCGGUUCUGGCAAUUGAACCGCAGACCAACGCACGAACUUCAUUGUUACGAAGCUUGUUCUCAAAUUCCUGUGAGGUUCCACCAUGGGACACCUGUGACAAUGGUCUCCAUCUUCCUCACCCUUUUCAUCCACUUUUUACAAAUCAUCUCAACAUGAUCCUAUUUGACAAACUCCAUCGACUCGGAAUCGAUGUUGACUUUGUUGAGUUCCUUAUUAUCUUAAACCAACACUUCGCCCAACUCGCCAUCAAAAUGCACCUUUGCAAGAAAUACGCAUUCAGGAUCAAGCAUUCUGGAACGGCUCAAGCUGUCUGUUCCAUAUAUCGGUUGGAGCCUGCCUCUGCAAACGUCGACACGCAAACUUUUUGUCCCGGCGUCCUUGCCACUAUUUCCUCAACUCGUAAAGCCAACUGUCAUGUAACACAUAGACUAAAUAAAUUCCGUGUUUUAGUAAAGUACAGAUGCCUGAGCCCUUCAUUAUUCACUGGACAAUUCACACUUAUUGUCUGCUAUUGCUCCCAAUCUAUCCCUUAA